AAUUAGGUCAAGACAAAGCGCAAGCAAUUAUAGACGAAAUUACAAAAGCAUACGAAUGCGCCGGACAAGUCGGAUUUCCUCCUCAAUAUGGUUAUAUUCAUGGUAUGAUUCCUACUGUCGUUGCGCCAGUAGUUAAUGCUCCACCUUACGGUCAACCACCAAGUUCUGCUUUCGUGAGACCCGGAGGUCUGGGUGCGCCAGGCGUAUUACCGUUUCAACCACCACAAGGGGCACCUGCUUCUUCAGGAAACGUGCCGCAACCUGAGACUUCUUCACCGCCAUCGUCAGUGAAUGCGCCGACUGGUCCUCCUCCGCCAGGUGCAUUACCACCUCCAGGAGGAUCUGCUUCAUUUAAUGCUCCCAAUUUACCGCCACAAUAUCCACCCGGACAACCUCCUAGGGGUGUUAAAAGGCAGAUGGAAGAAUAA